UCCAUGAUGCUUUGUCAGACAGACAGACUGCCGUUUAAAUCUCAUCUCAGAGCUCUCAGUGUUCUGGUCUUCCAUAUUCUCCUAAUACACUUCUGUAGAGGUCAGUCUCAGCUGAUUGGUUCAUCUCAGCCAAUAGUAGCAACACUUGGUGAUGACAUCAUUUUUCCGUGUCAUCUGCAACCUGCGGUGGAUGCUGCUGGCUUGACAUUGGAGUGGACGAGACCUGACCUGGACCCCAGAUUUGUCCAUGUGUGGCGUGAUGGUGUGGAGCUUGUGAGUAAAAAACAUAAAUCCUUUGCGGGAAGAACAUCACUGUUCACCGAUGAGCUGAAGAACGGAAACAUUUCACUGAAACUCUCAAAAGUACAACUCUCUGAUCAUGGAACAUACAGAUGUUUCAUUCCGACACUGGAAAAACAAUCAUUUGUUCAACUAGUUGUUGCAUCGGAUGCUGUAUCCUCAUCCGUUGUCAUUUUAGCAGGUGCUGACAGAGACAGAGAAAAAGUGGUUUUACAGUGUGAGUCUAAAGGCUGGUAUCCAGAGCCUGAGGUGUUUUGGCUGGAUGGUGAGGGAAACCUCCUCUCUGCUGGACCUACAGAGACAGUCAGAGGUCCUGAUGACCUCUAUACUGUCAGCAGCAGAGUGACUGUGGAGAAGAGACACAACAACAACUUCACCUGUAGAGUCCAGCAGAGCAACACCAAACAGACCAGAGAGAUAAACAUCUAUAUUCCAGAUGAUUUCUUCAUGUUCCCAUGCAAUUCUGCAGUACCUAUCAAUAUUGGUUUGGCUGUUAGUUUGGCUGUUUGUAUCGUGUUCAUUUUUGCAGUUGUCUCUUUUGUGUGGAGGCAAAACAUAAUCAAGAGAAAGAGGAGCAACAUGGACAAAACUGAAAGAGGAUUAAAUGAGAAUGACAUUGAAGUGAAGGUUCUUACUGCAAAAGGAACAGAGGGAGAGCAGCUUAUGCCAACUACCACAUUGUCAGAAAAUAAAAAUAGAAAAACAGAAAAGAAAAACAAAAAGACAAAAUGUGUUGUACAACUUCACUCACAUGUCCUAACAAAAUCAUGUCCUGCAUUUUUGAUGCUGAUUUUUUCUCUCUUUCAGUUUAGCAAGCGGAAAUCUAAGCGGCAGCUCCAGGAGGAGCAGCAGAGGAGGGAGGAAGCUGAGAACAGAGUGGAGACCAUGAAGCAGGAGCUGGAGACCAUGAAGAAGAAGGUUGAAAAUAAACACAUUGAGCUGCAGCAGCUCCAUGAAGAGCAUCAGAGGAAGGAAGGAGACCUGCAGACCCUGAAGGAGAAGCUGGAGACCAAGAACAAGGAGUCGAUGAGAAUUCGAAACUCCCAAAGCCGUUUUUCAUGGGGUUCUAACAAGUUGGAACAGCAGAGAAUGGAGGAAGCUCAAAAGGAAGUACAGAAGUUGAAGGAGGAGCAGGAGACCAAGGAGAUGGAGUUAAAGGCCACAAUCAAGAAGAUUGAAGAAAAAAAAGCUGAAGUUCAGGAGCUCUGUGAUGACAAUCAGAGGAGGGAAACCAACCUGCAGAGCCUGAUGGGGGAGCUGGAGACCAACAGCACAGAGAGGCAGCUACAGGAUGAGCAGCAGAGGAGGGAGAAGGAGCUGGAGACCAAGAUGAAUGAGCAAUUUGAAGAGCUGCGGAAAACCCAAGAGCAACUGAAAAACACGUCAGCAGAGCUCAGGAUCCUGGAGAAAGAACUAGAGAAAAGCAAACUUAAAGUGCUGGGACUUCAGAAUUCUCAGAAACAGUCUCAGGAGGGUGUCUACACCAGCGCUGCCAGUCAGGGCUCAGUCAGGGGACGUGUUUAUGUUGAGGAGGUCGACCUGGACGGCAAAAAUGUCCAUCUCACAAACAUGUCCCAUGAGGACCAACCACUGGGAUGCUGGGAGUUACAAAUACAAGUUGACAACAAACAACUCAUCAUAUACACAUUUCUGCCCUCCUUCACACUCAAGGCUGGAAAGACUGUCACUAUCUGGCCUUCAAGCAGUGAUGUCGCACACAGUCCCCCCACUGACCUGGUGUUGUGGAAAUCCUGGGGCCCUGCAAAUGAACUGCUGGUCACCCUCGUCUGCUGCUCUGGAGAGGUAAUGGCCAAGACAAAAGUCAAAAACACCAAAGAUGUAAACUGUGCACACUGAAAUGGUAACUUGACAAUAGAGACAUUUUUUGAUAUUCAGUAUUUUGUACUGUCUUAUAUAUAUAUUUGUAUAUUUAUUAUACAAAGACUGUAUAUUUCACUCAGGCUUUUGUAACACUGAGAUAAAAAGGCUGGAUAACUAAUAUUUAAAUUUGACCCUGACACAAAUACUUUUAAGAGUCCAGAUGUUGAAUAUUUUCUUUUAUAAAUAUCAAGUUUCAAAUAUUUUAUUUUGUUUUUUUUUAUUAUUUGUCCUGUGAAAUUCAGCUUUACAUCAAUAAAUGAAUAUAUAAUUUUGUAUUUAUAGGGUGAUAUUGUUACACCGUGCUGAAAAAAUGUUGCCUGAAACCACUCUUCUAAUUUAGAUUCAUAACAUUAUCAUAAGAUUUGUGUGUGUGUGUUUUAUGAAAUUGCUUGAAUAAUAAAUUAUUUUUUAAAAUGGUAAAUUGUAAAUGGACGGCACUUAUAUAACGCCUUUCUAGUCACUAUAUAAGUGCGACUCCUGUGCAAGGAAUGUACAUCACUACACUCCCUGCAUAGUGAUCCUUUUGUUUAAGUGGAGCUGAGCCAUUUUUCAGACAUGCCAUUGAAAAGAUCCAUUCUUAAAGACCACUUAUUAUGCUACAAUUCAAAAAAGUUUUCUUUCUAGCUUCACUAUUCACAUCAAAUAUCUGGGUUAUAUUGUCAUUUGCUAAAUUCCACAUGUAAAUGACAAUACAAUGGCACAGUAACACGGCAAGUAUUACUGAAAGCCUGUUGUGCAUUAAUAUAAUGUAUCUGUGGUAAUUACAUUUGUGCACAAACAUUGAUGAAUAUUUCCCCCCUGAAACAAUAAAUGUGUUUACCUUUUCCUUUAAAAGUUUGUGGUCAGAAGGAUCGUUAGCUCAUGCCACUGAAGGAUACACAAAGGGAUUGUCAAACCUUUUGUUUAAAAUUCAUCAAUUUUCCAUUGGAAAUAAAUUAAACAACUUACAGAAAUUCUUGUCCUAAACAGUUAUGUAUGUAGAAAAAAUUAGACUACUUUCAAACAUAUAGGUAGACUUCAACGGCAAUAUAACACCCUCAAGGUCCAAUUACUCAAUAAUGAACCUGUUAAUCAAUAUCAAAGAAGUUACACUGUAGGUAUUGUUUAACCAAUUGGUGCCUAUUGUAAUAUUGUUGGGACAACAAAGCUGGAGGUUUGGUGGAUGAUGAGAUAAUGAGUUCUAUAUAUAAAUCUUUUGUGAUUUAUUUCACAAUGACCACAUACUUGAUAUUUGACAUUAAUGGAUGCAUAUGUAGAUUUUGUUUUGUUGGGAUUUGUACGUGGUGUUUUGUGCU